AUGGCUCAGAAGAUACUCGACGACUACGUCCAUCCGCGGGGCAUCUUCUCCGCGGAGGACGGUUGGACAGAGGGCUCAGUCGAGAUCCCACUGCCCAAGACGGGGACCAAGUACGCGUCUGAGGAUGCGGCUCCCAAAUUCAAAGUUGGCGGCAUCUAUCAUCGCCGCCUCAUACCACUCAUCCGAGCUGCGGCAGAGGACACUCGCUUUGCGGAGCAGUAUCAUUGGAUCCCGCACAAGCUGUUCUGGACGCCACGCAUCGAAGGCGCAGCCCCUCCUCACCCCGUCAAUCCCAUCCGCAUAAUCACUGAUACGUACAAUGCAGACGCGAUGAAUGAGGAGUUUGAGAAGAUUCGAGCACAACCACGCAAUCCCGCCGAUGCUGCGAGUGUCGAGUACGGGAUCGCCGCAAUUCUACUCUGGUCGGACAUGACCCAUCUCACCAGUUUCGGGUCAGCGGCGCUCUGGCCGAUCUACAUGUACCUCGGUAAUCUCUCGAAGUACAUCCGCGGGAUGCCGACAGAAUUCGCCGCUCAUCAUCUUGCAUAUAUACCAUCUCUCCCUGACGAGCUGCGUGACUACUACAAAGAGCAGUACAAGACGUCUCCCUCAACCGACGUCCUCACCUUCUGCAAACGCGAGCUCAUGCAGCGCAUCUGGCUGCUACUCCUCGACGAGGAGUUCAUGGAUGCGUACAAGAAUGGAAUCUUGGUCAUCUGCGGCAAUGGAGUCACCCGGCGCAUCUUUCCGCGCAUUUUUUCGUACUCGGCUGACUAUCCUGAGAAAAUUCUCCUGACCGCCCUCAAGCCACUCUCAAAACAUCCCUGCCCACGCUGUCUUGUAUCCCAUGAUGACCUCUGCGAUGCUGGAACCCCUGAGGACAUGAUACGGCGUGCUGCCGACAAGCGCAGGGAUAGCAAGAAGGUUCGGAAACGAAUUAAUCGUGCACGCAAACAGAUCUUUGAGAAGGGACGCUCACUGAAGAGCGAGAAGCUCAAGGCCCUCCUGGACUAUCAGUCCCUCAACCCCAUACAGUCCGCCUUCUCCGUGCAUCUUGGGGACCUCGGCGUCAACGCAUACGAACUGUUCGUCCCCGACCUGAUGCACGAGUUCGAGCUCGGGAUCUGGAAGGGGACAUUCACCCAUCUGCUACGACUUCUGGCUGCCCAAGGCGACGAUGCAGUGCAAGAGUUUAACCGACGGUACAUUCAAAUUUGA